UAUUUGCUCAGUCACCUAAAUCGAGAAAACAGCGAAAAAGAGAUGUCUCUUCCCAUUUUAGCCAUCCCACCUUCUUCUCCUGCUCAAGAAACAAGCCGUGUCGCUGAACGCCGUUCAGCCAAUUUCCAUCCCGGCAUAUGGGGGGAUUAUUUUCUCAAAUAUGCUUCUGACUCCAACUCGAUGAGUUUUCCCGCCAAAGCAAAGGGUCGAAUCGAGAGAUUGAAAGGAGAAGUGAGGAAGAUGUUGACAGAUGCCACGGAUAAGCCUUCGCAAAAGUUGAACUUGAUCGAUCAAAUCCAACGCUUAGGAAUUGCCUACCAUUUUGAAAUUGAGAUAAAUCAACAGCUUGAACAAAUUCACAAAAGCUAUUUCGAAUUGCACGACAAUGAUAACAAUGACGACCUACACACGGUCGCUCUUCUCUUUCGAUUGUUGCGACAACAAAGUUACACAAUUUCAUGUGAAAUCUUUAACAAGUUCAGGGAUCGUGAAGGGAAUUUCAGCGAAUCACUCAUUGCCGACGUGCAGGGACUACUUAGUCUAUUUGAAGCUUGCCAUCUGAGGUUUCAUGGCGAUGAUAUUUUGAAUGAUGCACUUGCUUUUACUAUAACUCAUCUCGAAACAAUUGAUAAAGGAAAAGCAAGCCCUAAGCUCAAAAAACAAGUGAGUCAUGCCCUAAACCAACCAAUUUACAACGGAAUACCAAGGUUAGAGGCGAGGCGUUACAUUCCACUCUACCAAGAUGAGCCUUUGCAUAAUGAAGUCCUGCUAUCCUUGGCUAAACUCGAUUUCAACUUAUUGCAAGAGCAACACCAGAAGGAACUCGGCAACCUUACAAGGUGGUGGAAGGAUUUAGAUGUAGAAAGGAAGUUCCCAUUUGCUAGAGAUAGGAUUGUGGAGAUGUAUCUCUGGAUGUCAGGAGUUUAUUUCGAGCCAGAGUAUGAAGGCGCUAGGGAAAUACUAACCAAAGUGGCUAGCAUGGUUUCAAUUAUCGAUGACAUCUAUGAUGUCUAUGGCACAUUGGAAGAACUAAAACUCUUCACGGAAGUAAUUGAAAGGUGGGACGUCGAUGCCAAAGAUGGAUUGCCAGAGUACAUGCAGGCGUGUUACAAGACAGUUUUUGAUUUGUAUGAUGAAAUUGGCUAUGAGAUGACCAGAAAAGGACGACCAUACCGGCUGUUCUUUGCAAAAGAAGCGAUGAAAAACCUAGUAAGAGCAUACUUCACCGAAGCCAAAUGGUUCCACCAAAACCACGUACCGACGAUGGAGGAGUACAUGCCCAUUGCAUUACAAUCGGCUGCUGUUGAAUUGCUACUAGUGACUUUGUUGCUGGGAAUGGGAGAUUUCGUAACAAAAGAUGCUUUUGACUGGGUGUUAUACGUCGAUCCCAAGAUGGUGAAGGCUGUGAAAUUAGUUGUUCGGCUCUUGGAUGACAUUGCUGGACACAAGUUUGAGCAAGAGAGAGGUCAUGUGGCAUCUUCAGUGGAGUGUUUCAUGAAACAGUACGGAGUUACUGAGGAAGAGGCUAAGGAGGAACUCCGUAAACAGGUGGCCGAUGCGUGGAAGGAUAUUAACGAGGAGCUGCACUGUCCGACCAUCAUCCCCAGGCCACUCCUCGUGCGAAUUCACAAUUUUGCACGAACCAUGCAUGUGGUGUAUAAAGAUGAGAUAGAUCUCUACACUCAUGGUGUAACCGAGUUUAAAAAGCAUGUGACUUCUCUGUACGUCAAUCCAUUGCCGAUGUGAAGGUUUGGAAGAACA